AUGAGGCACCAAGAAAAUAUUCCUGAAUCUGGCAGUGCUUCUAGCACAUCAAAAGCAUCUUCGGAAACAGAUCUGUGCGAGGACUACGAUUAUAUUUCCAAGUGGAAUGAUAAGCAGUUAAAGAUUAAUGAUCAAUUAAGGGACUUUCAGUUGGUAAUGGACUCGAUAAAAACUUCUUUCAAUAGAACCACAUCUAUAGAGAAAUGCUGUUUCUAUGAAAACAACUCAAUGGUACUAUUAAUUGAAAAUGUCAAUGAAAUUGAUCCAGUUAACCAAAUUCAAUUCAGCAAAGAUCUUUCAACGAAUCUCAAAAAUAUUCUUUCUAAAAUCAAGAAAACUGUCGUGAAGGCCUUUAAUAGUUGCUGUGAAAAUUUGCGAGGCGUAAUAGAAAAGGUAAAGGGAGAGGUAGAAGAGAAAGUAAAGGAUAUAGAGCUAAAAUAUAAAGAGAUGGACAUCGAAAGUUCUAAAAGGAGUGACGGUAUUCGGAAAAAGGUAAAACAACUGGAGGGCCGAAUGGAAGCUGUGAAAUCAAGUUUGGAUAAACUUCAAAAGGAAAUGGAUAAAAAUGAUGGGAAAACCAAUUGUGGUGAAGAAUUAAAGGAACAAAUUGCGGUUUUGGAUAGUAACAUUAGCACAUCCAAAAAUGAGGCAGAGAAGGAAUUCAACAAAUUAAAUAAUCGACUCAAAGAGAUAAAGGAAAAGCUAUGGAAUCAAGAUAAAAUAUCUGAUGCAUUUAAAAAAAGUUUAGAGGACGGUGCCGAAAUUACUAAAAAUAUAAUCUACAAGUCCAAAAACAACUGCGGAAAUAUGAAUAGUAGUCCAGAUAAGCAAAUUCAAAAGGAGGACUUAAUUAAUUUGAAAAAGAAAACCGAAAACCUUCAGAGGCUGAUUAUAAACAUUACCAAUAAAAUGGGCAACUUUAAAAAUCAGGGAUCGUCAACAAGCUUUAGUGUAACGUUAAAUACCUGCAUGACAAAUAAUGCAAAACUUAAUGCAAUUCAAUCUUUACUUCAGGAAAUGAUAAAACAACAAAAUCAAACAUGUUCUAAGGCAACAAAAGAUAUGACUAUAAAUGGUAGUCCACCAGGUAAUCCAAGCUGUUCCUCAGAAGAUAAGCUGAAGGAACGUUUGAAAACACUGCAAAAUGAAUCUGCAAUUCUGGACGACGAACUUAAAAAGUUCCCCAAGUGCUGCCAAAAAAUUGAUAAGCUUAACGUACGGGCGGAACAAAUAACUAACGAACUUCAGAUCCUGAACAUAACAUACAAUAAUCAAAUUAAAGGCAAUACAAAUAAAUUUAAUACGUUAAAGGAUGACUUGGAUGUAAAUGUUAGAAGGAUGGGCCAAAUUAAUUCUUCAAACCUUAAUAAUAGUGUUCAAAAGCAAGUAAAAGAACUUCAAAGUAAGGUAUAUAAAGCUGCCAUAAAUUUAGAGGCAUUAAAAGAAACUCAAGAUGAUUUCAUAAAGCUAAUGGAGAGUACCAAACAUCAAAAAUAUUCUCCCAAUGAGAUGGAGAAGCUAAGAAAAGAUUUCGAAGAGUUCCGACUUAAAAUUCUAAGACAGUUAGUCGAUUAUGAUCAGAAAAAGAUACAAGAACCGUCAACUGAUGCUAGACAGCGUGAGAUACGACUACAAAAAAUCCACGAUGAUGUUUUCCAGGACAUGGAUAAAUUGAAUAAUACUAUUCAGCUACAGGACAAACUAAAAAUGAAGGCCCAAGAUGAAAUAAAAAAACAGAAAACGCCAUCAAAGCUUAUGCUCGAUUGCGAAAGAAAGUGCAAGGAAAUGGACAAAUUCGAUAAACUCCUAAAUCUUAUAGAAGAAGCAAAAAAUCUGGUUAAAAUGAAGGGUGAAAAAACUACGGCGAAGCCAACUCAGAAAUAUAUCCCAAAGAAGAAAAAGAAAAAUAAACCCAAGCCGAAGCCAACACGAAAAUGGUCUGGGGUCAUGGUUGGGGGCAUCGAUUUUGAACCCAAUCGGGAUGUAUUUCACCGGCGACAGAGGUCCGUGGACCGCAGUAAACGUGACAAAAAUGAAACCAAAGGUGAGUUCACUGGAUCGACCAUCGAAGAUGUGUUCAUUCAACAAUGCGAAUGUAAUGCACAGGUAUCGAUUGCGUCACUGCUACUUGUGAUAUCUGCAAUUACGUUGGCGAAGAACACACAUGACUACGGAAAUAUUUAUAAUCAAAUAAGAGCACCACCGGUAAAAGAGCGAUGUGAUGACUACAAUGACAUUUCAAAGUGGAUAGCUGAGCAGGUGAAGCUUAGUGCCCAGUUGAGAAAAUUUAAGAGAGAUCAGGAUGCUAUACUGAGCUAUUUUGGCAAAACACCUACUUUAAUGACCUGUCGCUUCUACGAAGAAAUCACCCUGAAUCGAAUAGUGGAGAAGGUCAAUAGGAUAAACGAAAUGAGUGGAACUCAAGUAGAAAAGCUUAAAAGCAGCGGAGAUCUGGAAAAAGAUGUGGAAAAUGUUUUACCCCAAAUUACAAAGUUCGUUUCUAAAGGCAUCAAAAGCUGCUGUGAAAACUUCACCAAAUUAAUAGAAAAUUAUAAAAAGGAUCUAAAUUUAAAAAUCAAGAAUCUGCCAAGUAAAUUAAAUGAGAAAGAUUUUGGAAAAUUAAAUGAAAAUGACUCUAUUCAAAAGAAUCUAGGGUACAUAGAAAAACAAGUUGAAGAAAUAAGACCACUUUUCGAGAAGUUACAAAAAUAUUUUCGUGAUAGUCAGGCGAAUUCGAAAUGUUGUGAUGGUCUAAAAGAAUCAUUUAAGGCUUUGGAAAAUAAAUUAUCGUUAGCCAAAGGCAAUGGAUAUAAUCAGGCCCUAAAGAUAGAAAAUCAGCUAAAAGAACUAAAAGAUAAAAUACAGGAAAAUGUAAAAAAGACAAAUGUUUUAAAGACAACUUUAGGUCAUCGCUUUGAAAAUAUUAAAAAUAUUCUUAGUAUCUGCAAUCAAAGCUAUGUACAUAAAUAUGUUUCAAUGGAUACAAGUAUUUUGCUUGACUUGGAAAAACAUGCAGAAACCUUACAGAAACUCGCCGAAACGCUUUUAAAAAAUUUAGGCGGCUUAGACAUCCAUAAGCCCACAAUGAAUUUAAAUGUAACCCUUAACACAUGCCAGGAAAAUAAUGAAUUGCUAACCAAUAUCCAAUCUAAAAUGGGGUAUUUGCUUGAGCAAAAUUCCAAAGCUUGUUUUGAGGGAUCGCCCACAGACUCCGAAAAUUCUAGUGGUUUAAUUAAUAAAAAUUGUUCAUCUAACGAAAAGCUACAGAACAGUAUUGCGGAGCUUGAAAAGGAAAUAGGAAUCUUGCGUAAAAACCUAACAAACUUCCCAAAAUGCUGUCAAAAAAUCGACGACCUUAUCGUGCAUAUGGGAAAACUAGAAAAUAUGAUGAAGAAAAUGAACCAAACUUACAAUGAUCAUCUAAACGCCAACUCAAAUCAACUAAAUUCUAUAAAAGAUGGCAUGGAUAAAUCCUUAAGAAAGAUAAGCCCAAUCCAUGAUGACGGUGAUACUAAAAACCUUCAGGAGCUGGCAAGAAAGCUUAAAAAAGAUCUUAUAAAAGGUAGCUUGACCCUAAGCAUUCUAAAAGAACGACAAGAUGACUUAUUAAAAGAUAAUAAUAAAAAUCCAAGUUCACUAUACUCUCCUGAUAAGAUGGCUGGUUUGAAAAAGGACUUAUAUGAGUUUAGCCAGGACAUCGAUGGAAAGUUAAAGGACUUAGAAUUAAAGAUACAAAGCAAAAUGGACGCUGUUAAACAUCUCGAUACAUUCAACAAAGAAGCAAAUCAGCAUCUAGAUAAAGUUAAAGCGAAUACCCUUGAACACAAAGAACUAGAUAUGCGGAUCAAGGAUCAGACAGAGAAUCAAAUUAAGCAAACAAAUGAAAUGCUUAAUUGCACAAAAAAGUGUUCGAAAAUUAACAUGAUGAACGAUCUUAUGGACCAAGUGGAAGACAUGGAACGGAUUGUUAAAUAA